AUGGAGAAGAUCACAGACAAAAUCGCGGCCUUGCCGCCAGAUGCUAAUUACUUCUCUCUCGAGUUCUUCCCUCCGAAGACUCAAAUGGGAUUUGCCAAUUUGCAGGCCCGUUUGGAGCGUAUGGCGCAGGCGCUGCGCCCACUCUUUGUUACAGUCACUUGGGGUGCUGGUGGAAGCACAGCGGCCAGGUCCCUGGAGUUGGCGGAGAUAUGCCAGAGACAACUACAGCUGACGACAUGCUUACACUUGACAUGCACAAAUAUGAGUCGCGCCCUGGUGGAUCAGGCGCUGGAGGAAGCAAAGGUGCUUGGAAUCAGAAACAUCCUGGCGCUGCGUGGUGAUCCUCCGCGGAGUGAAGAGUACAACAUGCUCGGCGAGGAUGACAGCAACAAGGACUUUACCUUUGCUGUGGAUCUGGUGCGGUAUAUCCGGAAAAAGUAUGGCGAUUACUUUUGUCUUGGUGUUGCAGCCUACCCAGAGGGUCAUCCCGCAGAUUCGUUCCAGGAUGUCCAGGACCCGAAAGUUGAUCUACCCUGGUUGGUCGAGAAGACGCAGGCCGGUGCCGACUUCAUCAUGACCCAGUUGACAUACGAUAUCGAUGCGUACACUAAGUUCGAGAACAUGCUGCGCAACCAUGAAUCUGGCGCCUUCAAAACGAUUCCCAUUAUCCCGGGUCUUAUGCCCAUUCACAGCUACAAGAUCUUGACGAGAGUAACGAAGCUCAGCCACGUCAAGAUCCCUCCCCGGAUUCUUGCAAAACUGGAAGAAGUCAAGCAUGAUGACGAUUCGGUGAAGCGCCUUGGUGUGGAUAUUAUUGCUGAGCUUGUCGAUGGCAUCAGAAAUCUCCCCACCUCCGGUUUUCGUGGGUUCCACUUCUAUACACUCAACCUGGAAAAGACGGUAUCAUUCAUUCUCGAGCGAUGCAAGCUCAUCCCCGACUACCCAGACGAGGAAGCAGUAGCCGUCACCGAAGACGUCUCCUUCCUUACCGUUGAAGCAGCCAAGAAGGCCACAUCCAGGCGGCGCGCUUCAUCCAUCAGCUCAAUCCCUCACAACCGCGUCAUCGUCGACAAGAUUUCAGAACCAGGCUCCAGGGACUCCAUGACGCAUGAAGCCACCGCUGCCAGCGCCGGAAUGCCCGCGCAACCGCCCGACCGCAACACAACCCUUCAGAUCUCCGAAGGCCUCGGCGCCCUAGGCCGCGAAGCCACCUGGGACGAUUUCCCGAACGGCCGUUGGGGAGACGCUCGCUCACCCGCCUUUGGUGAGAUUGACGGCUAUGGUCCUUCUCUGCACGUUGCCCCCUCCGUCGCCCACCGUAUCUGGGGCUACCCAGUCACCCCCUCCGACAUCAGCACGCUCUUCCGCCGCCACGUCUCCGGGGACCUCUACAUGGUCCCCUGGUCCGAAGGCGGCGCAGAAGAAAACACCAGCGGCCUAAACGCCGAAACAGAAACCAUCCGCCCUGAACUCCUCAAGCUCAUCGACGGCAAGGGCUGGUGGACUCUCGCCUCCCAACCCGCCGUCAACGGCGUCCGCAGCGACGACCCGAUUUUCGGCUGGGGCCCGCCAGGCGAAGGCUUCGUCUUCCAAAAGCCCUUCGUCGAGUUCUUCUGCCCCACCUCCGACUUCACCAACACGCUCAAGCCCACCCUCCAGAAACACGGCCACGAGAAACUUGCCUGGUUCGCCGUCAACGCCCGCGGCGACUUUGAGUCCUCGCUCCCCGCGCAAACCGCCGAUGCCGAUCCCAUCGAGAUGAACCCCAACAACGUCAACGCCGUCACGUGGGGCGUCUUCCGCGGUAAGGAGAUCAUCACACCCACCAUCAUCGAGGAAGUCAGUUUCCGCGCCUGGGGCGACGAGGCGUAUAGGAUCUGGGACGAGUGGCGCCGGAUCUACCCUCGCAACUCGGCGACGGAGCGGUUCCUCGAGGAGACCAAGAACGACGUCUGGCUUGUCUGUGUUGUUGCGCAGGAUUUCGGGGCCGGCACGGAGAAUGGGUCCAAGGAGGAGGAGGAGGAGAAGAAGUGGAUGUGGAGGGUUUUGGCUGAGUGCUAG